AUGGAAACUCAUCUUUGGUAUAUAUUACCUAAUGAGAUCAAGAGCCAAUCUCUACUAAAACACUACACUGAGAUUCUGUCACCAUCAGAGAAAGAUCAUCUUCUUCGUAUGCGUUGUGAUGAGCUAAAGAAGAAGAAUGUUUUGCUUGCUCGUACCUCGGUCCGAACCACCAUUGCAAGAUAUCAGACAAACAACAACAACACUACUGUGGUGGAUCCAAAGUCAUUGAAGUUCAAGAAGAAUUUGUAUGGAAAGCCUGAAGUUGUAGAUUUGGACAAUGAUGAUACUAACCAUCCGAAACUGCAAUUCAACAUCUCACACACUGAUUCGUUAAUAGCUUGUGGAGUUACAGUAAACGUUCCGAUUGGUAUUUGA